AUGUAUCUAGCUCGACCAGUACAGAUGGGCCAGCACAGUCUGGCUCGUGAUACAUCGAAACCGCGAGCACCACCUCCUCCACCAAUAGCACCCCCACCACCCAAGGUACCACAAAAUUUAAAGCCGAAAUCAAAGCCAGCCCCUCAAUUGGUGAAGCCUGUAUUUGAUCGGGACAAGUUUUUGGAUGAAGUUCGGUGCGGCGUACAACUAAGGCAUGCUUCUACUAACGAUAAAAGCGCUCCAACUGGUGUUGGACGUGUACGAAGUGGUGGUUAUUCGCCUCCACCUGAUUCUGUUGCUUCUACUUCUAGGUAUAAUAAUCGACCGGAUGCUAAGAAACCAGUUUCUUAUGGAAAAAACAGCGAGAACACGGACGUCCCGCCGGUACCAUUAGCACCACCACCUCCAAAAGCACCUCCACCUGCAGCCUUACUGAAACUUGGCGGUAAUGCUAAUUUUGACCGCGAUAAAUUGCUCAAUGAAAUUCAUGGUGGUGUGAAAUUGCGAAAAGCUGUAACAAAUGAUCGAAGUGCUCCUAUUGGUGUCGGAACUGUCCGUAAUGAUUUAAGCCGUGCAGCAUCUCCCGUUCCAGAAACAUUUGUAUUAUCAAACUCAACGACUCAUCUUGACGUUUCAUCUAUUCCGCCACCGCCUGUAUUACCUCCACCGUCACCAUCACCGGAUUUCUUAUCAUCCCCAGUGCAGCAAAAUAAAGUCGUGAAACCGAUCACGAAUCCAGCACUUCUGAAACUUGGCGGUAAACAGCCGAUAGAUCGCGAUGCAUUAUUAGCAUCAAUACGUGGUGGUGUUAAGUUGCGUAAAGUGGAAAUUAACGAUCGUAGUUCACCGUUUCCAGUCAGCCGUGACACAUCACCAGAUCAACAUACUCCAGUGGAACCUGCCAUGGCACCGCCGCCACCUCCAUUACUUAUACCACCACCACCUCUGAUUCCAUCCGCAGAACCCAUCCGACGAUCACGAUCUCCGAAACCAGCACUGAUGAAACUAGGUGGUAAAGUUACCGUGGAUCGUGAUGAGUUAUUACGUUCCAUACGGCAGGGUGUCAAAUUGAGAAAAACUGUUACAAAUGACAAAAGUUCUGCGAUAAUCAAUGAUGAUGAUUCCGGCGUAAGGUCACCAGGACGAUCAUCACCUUCUACCUCAAAUUAUGAGGAUGAUGUUUAUGGCAGCCAAAGUCUAAGUGAUCUGUCCAGUAUUGGUAACUCAAGGUUUAGUUCUCUUUCAAAUAUUCCUCCUGAGCGAUCGAACGACUUAUUUUUUGCUUCACCGGCACCAGUUGUUCCGGAAGCUGGUAUCGGGAUAAGCGCUACAUCACAUCCUUCCCAUAGCUCAACGCCUAUAAAAUCAUCAUCAAAUCGGCUGCCACUGAUCAAUGUUAGUGUUGACAUCGUAAAUUAUGGUGAUGUUGAGGAGGAAUGCGAACCAGAAACGAUAACAAUUCAAAUACCCACAAAACGGAAAGCUGAUGAAUGUUAUUCGUCACCGAUACCAACUCGUAAACAGAUUGAAGCUGAAAUUCCCGCUGGUUCGGCUCGUGAUCGAAUUAAAAUUUUUGGUCGUACUGAGCGAGAGGCAUCGCACAGUCCUGUGCGAAGCUUAAGUGGACCAAGGAAAUUAGAUGGGGAAAUAGACAAUAAUUAUGAAUCUGGUAUCACUCGAGCCAGAAAACUUUUUGGUGAUACAACCGCGAGACAAUUACCCAUAUCUAUUUCAUCAAGACAUAACGAGGAGCAUGUACAAGCGGGAGCAGAAGUUGGAAGCGAAAGUAGUAUCCGAAGAAUGGUUCGUAAAUUUUCCACCGAUGAUGAUUCUUGCAAAGCUUCUAAACCUAUUUGGUGUCAAACGAAAGAGGAAAAAGCUAUUGAAGAGGAGAAAAAAAUACCGCUGAAAAAACAAAAAGCCUCAAAUACCAAAGGUUCUAUGAGAAAGAAAUCAGGUGCAAAAGGAUCAAAAUUACGACGAAAAUCAUCUACUAAAAAUGAACCACCAGUAGCAAUGUCCAAGAAAACCUAUGCAGCUCCAGCAAAACCGGAAGAAGACUCACCAGAGCUAUCCGAUGAAGGAGAAAACGAAGUAGAACAAAAUGAUCCUCUACCAUGGGCUGUGCCAAAAGUGGAUAUCUCAAAAUUCAAGGAACGUUUCGAAAAUCCACCCGAGGGACAUUUAAUACCCGAAGAAACAGUCAAACCGGGUCGAAUCAAGAAACCACCAUGGAUUAAGGAUGAUGGAUCAGAGCCGCCUCCGCUACUCUCUCUUGCAAGUAAGUCUGAAACACCCCGACCUUCAUGGAAAAAGACCACUGAGUCAGAUGAAUUCAAGAAUUCACUAAAGACAACUGCUGUAAAAUCACUUCACAAGCAGAAAUCAUCGGAUCAUGAAGAAUCCCCAAAGCUAACAUCAAAAAGCAGUACAACUGGUACUACAAAGAAGAUUGCAUCAGAUUUCAAAAAGAGCGAUAAAGUGUCACCAGUAUCAUCAUCAUCAACGAAAUCUUCCAAAAAAGAUACAGUACACGGACUGACACUAGAAGAGGAAACCACGGCACCACCAAGAGAAGGUGUUGGACCAUAUCGUUACACGCGGAAAACUAGUACCGCAGAUAAAAAACCAGCAGUGAAGAAAAAUUCUAUAAACUCAAAGGAAAUUUCUACAGUUAAUUGUGGAAAUUUACUAAAUUCGGUACCAAAACCAUUCGGAACGAAUUUUACCACUACGGGUGAAACAACGAUCAUUGGUGUGGAUGGUAAUCGCAACUCUGUUUCAAAAAACAAAAGUCAAUCAAAAACAGCAAAAACAGGUCGAGAACGCGAUGAAGCGUUCGGUGAUAGAACGACAAAUCCUCUUAAUGUUAAAACAACUGCUGAGAAAAUUGAUGAUGUACAUUAUGCUAAUAUCGAUGUUAAUGUGAAAAGAGUAUAUGCGGUACCAAUCAACAAUACUUCAUGGAAUGAUUCAGACAAUAGCCAUCCAAUGUCCACCUCUGUUACUCCUUCUUCCCUCAAUAACAGAAAUUUUUACGAUAAUUUGAAGCAAAAUGAUCGACAUUAUUUAUCUCCAACAACAACAACAACGCGAUGUAAAUAUCCUGGGAAUAUACGGAAGCAUAAUUUGUACAUACAACAACAACAAUGUCCUCAACAACAACAUUCCACUCCACCACGGGAAUGGAAUGGUGUGAUCGGUCGAGCGCGUCGAGUGAUUGUUGGCGUUGGUGGAUCACAUUCGAAGAUGACGACAAUAUCGAAAGGCUUUCAACAACGAUCUUUCAAUGAUAAUGUUCCAAUUGUGUAUCAACAACAGCAGCAAAAGCAAGAACGACAACAGGAACAUCAUUUUUUUCUUCAGAACUAUCGUUUUGAAAUUGAUUUAGAAAAUGACCAACAACCACUUCGUAUCGUGCAUAGGUGA